UAUAAUAAUAAUCGUCCGAGUUCUAAAAAAUAUAAAAUCUUCCGAAAGUUUUAAAAUUUGAGAUAACUAAUUUUCCGGUUGUUGAUAUUCCGGUUUCAAAUGACGAAAUCACUCAACACUGGUUUAAUUUAACGCAUUUUCGGAAAUAUGGCUAACAAGACGCCGGUUCGAUCCACUCGCUCUCCGACCAAAUUCGCCGCCGUCAAACUCCUCAUUCUCGCCUUCUCCAUCGCUGCUAUACUCUUCAUUACUCUCUCCUCUUCCCCGUCUUCCUCUCUCCCUGAUCUCCCUCUCGGCAUUGGCUAUGAUACGUAUGGAGAAGUUCAAUUAAUUCAUAGAUCAGUAUUAGCGUUAAAGUCGGAUCCUUUAAAGCCUAAACUUGAUCAAAUCCGUAAACAAGCCGAUGAUCACCGGUCUCUUGUUCUAGCUUACGCGUCUUAUGCGAGGAAACUUAAGCUUGAGAACUCGAAACUAGUUAGAAUUUUUGCGGAUCUUGCUCGUAAUUAUACGGAUUUGGUUACCAGGCCUGCUUAUCUAGCACUGCAUAGCUCGAAGUCUAGUUUGAUUGACGAGUCCAUGCUGAGGCAGUUUGAGAAGGAGGUGAAGGAAAGGAUUAAGGUUACGAGACAAGUGAUUACGGAGGCGAAAGAGUCUUUUGAUAAUCAACUCAAGAUUCAGAAGUUGAAAGAUACGAUUUUUGCGCAGAAUGAGCAGUUGACGAAGGCGAAAAAGCAAGGGGCUUUUUCGAGUUUGAUUGCUGCGAAAUCGAUACCGAAAAGCUUGCAUUGUGUCACGAUGAGGCUGAUGGAAGAGAGAAUUGCAAAUCCGGAUAAGUAUUCUGAUGAAGGGAAGGAGACUCCUCCUGUGGUAGAAGAUCCGAACCUGUAUCACUAUGCUAUUUUCUCGGAUAAUGUGAUUGCAGCUUCAGUGGUGGUGAAUUCAGCAGUAAAGAACACGAAAGAUCCUAGUCAGCAUGUUUUCCAUGUUGUUACUGAUAAAAUGAAUCUCGGGGCAAUGCAAGUUAUGUUUAAGAUGAGGAAUUAUAAUGGUGCUCAUGUUGAGGUCAAGGCAGUGGAAGAUUACAAGUUCUUGAACUCUUCUUAUGUUCCAGUUCUUCGCCAGCUUGAAUCAGCAAAUCUGCAGCAGUUCUAUUUUGAGGCCAAACUUGAGAAUGCAACCAAAGACACAACUAAUAUGAAGUUUAGGAACCCAAAAUAUUUGUCUAUAUUGAAUCAUAUCAGGUUUUAUUUGCCUGAAUUAUACCCAAAGUUGCACAGGAUUUUGUUUUUGGAUGAUGACAUUAUUGUUCAAAAGGAUUUAACUGGGCUUUGGAAGAUAGAUAUGGAUGGGAAGGUGAAUGGAGCUGUUGAGACGUGCUUCGGGUCAUUCCAUCGGUAUGCCCAGUACAUGAAUUUCUCUCAUCCACUGAUCAAAAAAAAUUUCAGUCCUAAGGCAUGUGCAUGGGCUUAUGGGAUGAAUUUCUUUGAUUUGGAUGCUUGGAGGAAAGAGAAGUGCACUGAGCAGUACCACUACUGGCAGAAUCUGAAUGAGAACCGGACCCUGUGGAAACUAGGGACAUUGCCCCCAGGUCUGAUCACAUUCUAUUCCACAACAAAGCCUCUGGAUAAAUCUUGGCAUGUAUUAGGGCUUGGGUAUAAUCCAAGCAUUAACAUGGAUGAGAUUCGAAAUGCUGCUGUGGUUCACUUCAACGGGAACAUGAAACCAUGGCUUGAUAUAGCCAUGAAUCAGUUUCGCUCAAUCUGGACAAAGUAUGUUGAUUAUGAUAAUGAGUUCAUCCAGUCCUGCAAUUUCGGUCUUUGAAUGUUUAAAACUUUAAAGUCCAAGGCCAGAGGAUCUCCCAAUGCUGAUCCUACUGCGAUCAUCUGGUUUUUGGUGCUCAUAGUCCCCUUACACGGCUACACUUAAAGUUAGUGCUCAUAUUUAGUGUUGUAGAAUUUUUUGUCAAUGACAGCACAGUAAUCUUCUCUGUUAUUGCUCUUAAUGUUAUCUGUACUUACGACUGUUUUCUUAACGAAGGAUGGUUAUCGCCAGAAAAUUUGUUGAUAUUAAUGUUUACUAGUUCAUAUAUACAGGAAAGUUUGUGAA